AUGGGUCGCCACCACCACCUGCACCACCAGCAACGCCACCACCUCCACCACCACCACCACCACCACCACCACCACCACCACCACCACCACCACCACCACCACCACCACUACCCUUCCCCCUGCUCCUACCUCCCUUAUCCUAGACAACGCAGCAGUGGUAAGAGAAGCAGUGAACGUGGGAAGCUGGGGUGCAGCGCAACCAAAAAAGGGACUGGGAGGCACUGCAGCGGUGGCAGCGGCAACAGCAAGGAGCUUGCUCUCGAUUUUUGUGAGGGUAGACUCAAGAAGAUUGAUGGUGAGCUCAGAGGGGUGCUUAAGAAGAAGCACGUCGCAGGCACAGAAGAGGCGAUCAGGGAGGCGAGUGACUAA